UCCUCCACCAAGACUUUUCUUCACUGAGGUUUAUUUUUUUUCCAGGUCGCCAGGAGAGCGAGAGAGCGAGAAAAAAAAUUGCUGUCAGUGAAAAUGACCUGAGAGACAGCUCGCACGCGUGGGCUGAGACGAGGGCGCCGAGUUCACGCCUGCUUGGACCGCUGGAGCCGCGCGUAAUAAGACUGAAGGAGCAGGUGUAUGGAUGGAAGGACAGUUGGAAGCUCUCCGUCAAGACACCUUGUCACGAUGGACUUCAUCAAAUGACGUGAACUACUUAAAAAUGGACGUCUCCCUUAUCCCUGGUCCAGUUUGAACUAAGCUUCCCAAAGCAAUGGAUCAGUGGUCCUUCCUCUCACCGUCGCCCAACAUGACUAUUCCCGAGCCGCUCCUGUACGACAGCUACCUCCAGGGGAACGAGUCCGACUUGGACCUGAACCUCACGGGAGAGAUGAGGGAGCACCACCAGGACAAGACCAGUUCGGUGGUCAUCACCUUCAUCUACUUCGUGGUGUGCGCCGUGGGACUCUGCGGCAACGCCCUGGUCAUUUACGUCAUCCUACGCUACGCCAAAAUGAAGACGGUGACCAACAUAUACAUCCUCAACUUGGCCGUGGCGGAUGUACUGUGCAUGAUGAGCCUGCCGUUUAUCGCCUUGCAGCUGGCGUUGGUGCACUGGCCCUUUGGCGAGGCGCUUUGCAGGGUGAUCAUGACCGUGGACUCUCUCAAUCAGUUCACCAGCAUUUUUUGCCUCACGGUGAUGAGCAUCGAUCGCUACCUGGCUGUGGUUCACCCCAUCAAGUCCACAAAAUGGCGAAAGCCCCGGAUAGCCAAGUUAAUCAACCUAACCGUGUGGGGCGUCUCCAUGUUGGUCAUCCUGCCGACCAUGAUUUUCAGCGGUUUGAACAAGGUGCCGGUAUGUGGGAUCGUGUGGCCCGAACCCGAGGACGUCUAUUACACCGCCUUUAUAUGUUACACCUUCUUCAUUGGAUUCGUCCUACCAUUGGCCGUCAUAUGUCUGUGUUACCUGCUCAUUAUAGUCAAGGUCAAAUCGUCAAGCAUGCGAGUCGGCUCGACCAAGCGCAAACGUUCCGAACGCAAGGUGACGCGCAUGGUCUCCAUCGUGGUGGCCGUGUUCGUCCUCUGCUGGCUGCCCUUCUACGUCUUCAACGUCACUUCGGUCACAAGCUCCAUCAACCCGACGUCGGCCAUGAAGAGCACUUUUGACUUCGUGGUGGUUCUGGGUUACGCCAACAGCUGCGCCAACCCCAUCCUCUACGCCUUCCUGUCGGACAACUUUAAGAAAAGUUUCCAGAAGGCUCUUUGUCUUAAAAAGGUGGUGGGCCUGGAUGAGAUGGAACGCAGCGACAGCAGGGCGGACAGGAGCAGGAUGGUCAACAACGCGUUGAUCAUCAACGCCAACUUGGAGGCGCACAACGCGGCGUUGCUCAACGGAGAGCUGCAGACGAGCAUUUGAGGGCGGGAGGACAAACAGAAGAGGAACCGAUCGCCACUCGGAGUUGCUGAUGUAAGAGCCGAGCGUUCUAUGGACUCUAGCACACGAAGUAAGCGAAAUCUAAACAAUUUCGCAACGGGGGCCAGGGAAGGUACAUUGACCCGAGCUUACAACUGUUUGACUGGAUGAGGCAACCUGAUCUCAUUGACCCGGAGCACUCAACAACACACAAGGAGGCUCUUGGCUGACAUCAAACCAAAGUUGGAUCGAUACCGGGGGUGUCCAAACUUUUUUCUCAAAGGAUACAAGGGCCAACUUGAAAGCUUUCCACUUUCAUUAGAUAGAGGAGGAGGUAGGGUAUUUAAAAAAUGUACUGUAUACCGUAAUUUCCCCCAAUAUAAGGCGCACCCGUAUAUAAUGCGCACCCCAAAUUUACUUGUGAAAUCUAGGGGAAAUUAUUGUACCCGUUUAUAACGCGCACCCCAAUUUUAGCACCAAUAAAUAGAAGAAUACAAGAAAACAGCUCGUGUACAGAUACAGAAAUGUCAUUUUACUGAAUGGUGACAGCACAAGCAUAGCAUAUUGGUAGUUCAAAACAUGACCAUAAACUGACAAUAUGCACGGUAAUAAUAUGAUUUGACACAACUUCUCCAACUUACUAGAAUCUAGGAGAAAACAAAACAGAUGUGACUUUUCUUUUAAAGGCUGCUGUAUAACUUGCUCGUUUCAUCAUGAUGAAUAAAUGUUUCUUGCAUGGAUUUAUACGGUAAAAUGAAAGUGAGAACGUAAGCCUAAAAUCCAAGAGCUCAUCGCUCUCGACACGACAGUUACAAUAGGAGCUAAUGUUAUUUGUGUUGGAGUUUCCCGAGGGACAGAUACAACUGACGGCUGUGUGACGGAUGAAUAUUAAUAAGGUAAUAAAUCCAUUUGUGACUAAACAAUAGCAUAAGCAAUAGCAUAUGAUGGGUGGACUUAGUGCUGGUGAAAGCAACACAGACCCCCUGAUGUAAAAGAUGUUUCAUUUAACUAGUUGUCAGUGGACAUUUAUAAAAUAUUUUCAUAACAAUUGUUAUAAGUUGAAAAGUUACCUAGUGUUGCUUUAAUAUGUUAUAGUACAGUAUAAUAAUAACAGUUCAUAUGCUGUAGAUAACUGCUGGAAAAUAAAAACAAAAUCAAACAUUGUAAGCAUUUACUCACAAUGUUACUCAUUACUUGAGUAUUUUUUCGCCCAAUAAUCCUUUUAGCUUUAUAAUAAGAAAUAUUGUUUUCUCCACUAGAGGGCACUCAUGCUUUUUGGACAAAAUACUUAAUUUGCGUAAAUAUUUUUUCUCUCGCCGGUAUUCAAUUUAAAAAAAAAUUUUUUUUUUUUAAUUUCUUUGGUUUAAAGCAACCCUCCGUAAGUUCUCUACCAUUAUAAAAUAUUUUCAUAACAUUUGUUAUAAGUUGAAAAUUUACCUACUGUUGCUUUAACAUGUUACAGUACACUAUAUUAAUAAUAGUUCAUAUGCUGUAGAUAACUGCUGAAAAAAACAUUGUUUAAACAAAAUCAAACAUCGUAAGCAGUUACUCACAAUGUUACUCAUUGAGUUUUUUUCCGCAAAAUAGUCCUUUUAGCUUUAUAAUAAAUGUGUUCUCUCCACUAGAGGGCGCUCAUGCUUUUUGGACAAAAUACUUAAUCCCCGUAGAUAUUUUAUUCUCUCGCCGGUAUUCAAUGUUUUUUUUUUUUUUUCUUUGGUUUAAAGUAGGGCUGUCAAACGAUUAAAAUUUUUAAUCGAGUUAAUUACAGAUUAAAAUUUAAUUAGUAGUAAUUGAUCGCAAUUCAAACCAUCUAUAAAAAAUGCCAUAUUUUUCUGUAAAUUAUUGUCGGAAUGGAAUGAUAAGACACAAGACGGAUAUAUACAUUCAACAUACGGUACAUAAGUACUGUAUUUGUUUAUUAUAACAAUAAAUCAAGAUGACAUUAACAUUGACAUUCUCUUAAAGUGAUCCAUGGAUAGAAAGACUUGUAGUUCUUAAAAGAUAAAUGUUAGUACAAGUUAUAGAAAUUUUAUAUCAAAACCCCUCAUGUUUUCGUUUUAAUAAAAUUUGUAAAAUUUUCCAACCGAAAAAUAAACUAGUAGCCCGCCAUUGUUGAUGUCAAUAAUUACACAAAGCUCAUGGGUGCUGAAACUCAUAAAAUCAGUCCCACCCAAGCGCCAGCAGGGGGCGACAAAACUCCCAAAAACACAAGCAACAAGUGGGCAUUGCACUGUGCCGUCAUUUUAAUCUGUUUCAGCGGGGCAUGUGCGUUAAUUGCGUUAAAUAUUUUAACGUGAUUAAGUUAAAAAAUUAAUUACUGCCCGUUGACGCGAUAAUUUUGACAGCCCUAGUUUAAAGCAACCCUAGGUAACUUUUCUAUAUUAUAAAAUAUUUUCAUAACAUUUGUGAUAUUAUGUCAACUGACAACUAGUUGAAUUCAGCCACAAUUGGAUUCAUUACCUUAUUACUAUUCAUCCUUCACACAGCCGCUGGAAACCAAAAUGUUAUUUAAUCCAUCUGCAGGCAGAUUGAUGAUUUUACGACACUGUGUGGGUGUGCACUGGUCAAGGGUGUAGGCUUGGUCUCAACAUUGGUAGGGACGAUAUAACAGCAUAACCCACAUGUACACUUUUUGCUCGGGACCAAACAGAUCGGGUGAACGGGGGUCAGGGCUACAUUUCUCACCAAUAUGAACCUAAUUAAUUGAUAUGCUAAAUCAGGGGCGCCCAUUACGUCGAUCACGAUCGACCAGUCGAUCGCAACGCUAGUGUGGGUAGCUCACGGCAUCGUGACAAGAGGCAUAAAGAAGAACACUUCCUACUCGAGUUUUGUCAGUUAGCAAGUUAACAUAGUUUAAUGUUAUGCUAACUCUGAUGCAGGUCAGACUUUCAGUAGCAAAAUUAGUGGUAUGUUUCCCCACCUCCACAACAUUGGCAUCUUUUUAAAUUAUUUUCAGUGGCUGCUGCUGGCUGAAAAAAAAAAAAAAAAUCUAAUUACCCCUCGUCUUCGAAGGGGGCUGAGGAGGCGGCAUGUUGUCAACAUGUAUUUCUGUCGGGGUGUUGGGGAUGGGUCGAGUCAUCAGCCAAUCAAACGUGCAAUUGGGGGGGGUGGACCGGCGCAUUCAGCAAGUGAAAGGAGGUAAAUAUAAGUUUGAAUAUAAUGAAAAUAAUUCACUUAAUAAUGGUAGGGUUAAUUUUAUCCUAAUUUUAUCAUCGGGAAGGACAAUCUAAAUUACCUGUAUAACUGAGCUCAUUAUAUAAUGCAUAUAAGGUUGCUUAAAGGUUGGUGGGGACAAUUUGAGCAACCUGAAACGUUGGUAGUGUUAUGUCCCUACCAUCCCCAUGCAAACCUACGCCCUUGGCGCUGGUCCUUAUGGGAAACGCAGUCUUCCUUAAGGCAAAACAUUACCGCUUUUGUCCACCGGUGUCGCCAAACUCGACCAAAACUGAAAAGUGUUGUUUUAAUGUGGUUAUGUAAUAUGUUAUAGCACAGUAUAAUCAUAACAGUUCAUUUGGAUAACUUUGUGCAGGAAAAAUAAAAUACCAAUGUUUAAAGAUUUUUUUUUUUUUUAAUCAAACAUCUUAAGCAGCUACUCACAAUGUUACUAAUUACUUGAGUAUGCUUUUCACCAAGUACUUUUCUCUUUACUUCUACUAGAGUACAUAUUUUUGGAUGACUACUUUUACUUGAGUAAUUCUUUUUGAAGUAAUGCGAGUCUUGAGUUAAAGUAGUGCUACUCUACCCACCUCUGCAUAUUAGUUCCACUACCGCAAGAAAACAACAAUAAAAUAAUCUAGAAAAAUCACAAUCAAGACAGCUCAACUGAUCACACUGGAUUUUUUUAAUGUAUGUUGAUGGAAAAGAAAAUCCUAAAAUACUACCAAGUUUCCUACAUUGAAUUCAACAUGUCAGGUUUUGACCCCUGAGCUAAUAAGAGGAACAGUUUAAGUGACUAGCUCCAUCUGGUGCUAAAGCUGUGAAGCACAACUGACUAAGCUGAGCUCAAGCUUCUUGUGUGGACCAUAUUUAAUGAUAUAUUCAUCAUUUGCUGUGGGCCAUAGUUUGGACACCCCCGAUCUAUACUUGUGUCGGCAACUUGGAAACGAGACCCAACUGAACUCCAUGCUAGCGGUUAGUUUACCGCUUAAAUUAAUGUGAGGGAGAGUCGCACUUGUGGGAGUUGUUCAGUGUGUCAUUAGGCAGUGUUUUCAUGAAAUGGGAACCAUGCUGAGGAAACCAAACAUUUUAGCGGAGCAGCCCUCAAAAGAAAAACGCAAAUGGAGAGAAAACAAAUUAGAAAUAAUGGUAUUUGGUAAUGAUCUGUUACCCUUUAGAAGAUGUUCAGAGGAACAAAUUGUUAUCUCCACAACGAUGAAAGACUUUCCGAGGAACGCCGCACUGAUCCGUAAACUCUUCAACGGCGAAAUUGGCAACCUCGCUGCAUUCAAAACAGCUUGUACUUGUAAAUACGAACGUGGGUUUUGCCAAGCUGCCGCGUGUGCAAACAAGGGACGGCCGACCAAAAAGGUCAGUGAGAUAUUGUCCUGUUGUAGCAUGUCUGUGGAACCUUUUGUUAUGUACUUGACAUUUUGCCGAAUCCUGCUUCUUACCAUCAAUCAGCGUGCACUCGUCUCCGAUUUUAGAGUGUACGCUUUGAAGUAGUGUUGCACCGUUACCAUUGUUUGCAAGGGCGUAGGUUUGGUCUCAACAUUGGUAGGGACACUAUUACAGCAUAACCUGCAGUUUUUGCUGGGGACGGGACAUUAAUAAGACCAAACAGAUUGGGUAUAUUUAUCAAAAAUAGCUGGUACUACAUUAAAAAAGCUCAAAUUAUUCUCAUAGGGAGAAAGUCAUUUUUCAAAAUGCUUGCACCAUAUAAAGGAAAUUUACAGUGGUUGUGUUUUUUUUUUGGGGGGGGGGGGGGCUUAAAAAUGUGUAUAGGCUGCUAAAAUAAAUAUUUUUUUUAAAAAUGAUGAACAAAAUAAAUACAUUUUAAUUAAUGAACAAAAGCACAAAUGAAAUAAAGUUGACAGUAGAAAACCUACAGGAAGACAUCUCUAGGCAGCUUUGUACUCUAGUUUUACAGGUUAGCAAAUUCACACAGUUUAAUGUUAUGCUAACUCUGAUGCAGGCUGGACUUUCAGUCGCAAAAUUAGUGGUGUGUUCCCCACCUCCACAACAUUGACAUCUUUUUACAUUACUUGCAGUGACUGCUGCUGGCCGAAAUAAACAAAACAAAAAACUAAUAUCCCUCCUCUUCAAAGGGGGCAGACAAGGCGGCAUAUUGACAUGCAUUUCUGUCGGGAUUGUGUGAAUGUGGGGUUUCUAGUCAUCAGCCAAUCAAACGUGCGUUAGCGGGGAUAAAAAAUGGACCGGCACAUUCCGCAAGUGAAAAGGGGUAAGUCUGAACAUAAUGAAAGUAAUUCACUAAAUAAUAGUAGGGUCAAUUCCAUCUGAAACACACAAGGGAAGACAAUCCAAAUUACCUUUAUAGCUGAACUCAGUGUACAAUGCAAAUAAGGUUGCUAAAAAAUUGGUGGGGACAAUUUGAGCAUCCUGAAAAGUUGCUAGUGUUAUGUCCCUACCGUCCCUAGGCCAACAUACGCCCUUGAUUAUUUGGCUACCGUGACAGUUUCCGAUACUCGACUGUGUAGUAUCGCCCGAUGCCAAUCUAUAGCUUUACCAAAUUUCCCCCCCCCCCCCCCAAAAAAAAUCCUGUGAAUAUUAUCGUAUUGGCCCAAAUAUAAGACUGUUUUUUGCAUUGAAAUUAGAAUGAAAAGAGGGGGUCGUCUUAUAUUCGCGGUCUAGACGUUAUACCCAUUCACGACGCUAGAUGGCGCCAGAUAUCAUUGAAGUGAUGUUCUGUCGUGACAGAUCUCAGCUACUCUCAAGUUUAACCAGUUUGCAUUAUUUUAUUGCAAUGUUUUUCCUUGUUCAGAUUUGUUUCAAGACUACAGUUACAGUUUGACUUCACUUUGAUAGUUAAUGCAGUUGUUGCAAUUUUGUUGUUUUAUCACAAUAGAUUGGUUUAUUUACAUUUCAAAAACCAGAAGCCACUCAUAUACGAAUGUGAUUGCACUUUAGUUGACAUAUUUAAAUGUUCAGAUAUUAUGAUUUGAAUGAGGCAAAAUAACAUGCUUUUUCCCUCAAAUAUAUUUUAUAAUCAUUUGUUUUGGAUGUACUGUAAUUAUUUUCUGUAUAAAAAUUAAUUUGGUGUUCAGAAAGUCUUUUUUCAAACUUGUGUAAAGAGGGGGUCGUCUGAAAAUCAGGGCCGUCUUAUAUUCGGGCCAGUACGGUAAAUUACUGCAGAUUUCCUUGACUGUUCUAUCAUGGCAUAGUCAGAAAAUGCUCAACUUACUGUCAGCCAUUGACAGCGCUACACGUCCAAUUUAUUUGAAGUGGGAGGGUUGGGCACUUGACACCAGAAGGAUCAUCAUCUUUUUUUUUUUUUUAAUGGCAGUGUGUGUAGCUGCCAGCCAUCUUAGGUGUCUUUUAACACAGUGGUACCUCUACUUACAAAAUUAACUGGUUGUGGAAGUAGUUUUAUAACCUGAAAAGUCUAAGCAGAGACACGUUUUCCAUGUAAAUGCCCUAAUCCAUUCCAAGCCCCCCAAAAUUCAGACAUAAAUCUUUUAUAAUGCAUAAAAAUGCAUUAAAACAUAUAAGAAAUACAUGUCACAAUUAGAUUAUUGCACAACAAACAUCAAAUCAGAUUGCAUAAUGCAAAAAACCCCCCAAAAAACAACAAGAAUAGAGUAAAGAAUAAAAGUUAGUACUCAUGUAAAGCUGUCGGAACACGAGGGGCGAAUGAAAAGAAUGCUGGGAUACACACAUACAGUGGUAUGAAAAAGUAUCUGAAAAAUAAGUAAGUGAACCCUCUGCCUAAGGAGACGAAAGAGCUACUGAAACCAAUUUUUACCAAACAUUUUAAGUCAGGUGUGUGCCCAAUCACUGAUGAGUGGUUCAAAGCUGCCCUGCCCACUAUAAAACACACACCUGGUAAGAAAUGUCUUGAGAUAUGCAUCAUUGCUCGGUCAAAAGAGCUGUCUGAAGACCUGCGAUCAAGGAUUGUUGAUUUGUAGAAAGCUGGGAAAGGAUACAAAACCAUCUCUAAAAGUCUGGAUGUUCAUUAAUUGACAGUUGGAAAAGUUGUCUACAAAUGGAGAGAGUUUGGCACUGUUGCUUCUCUCCCAAGGAGUGGCUGUCCACCAAAGAUGACGCCAAAGUUUCAGCGCAGGAUAUUCAGAGAGGUAAAAAAGAACCCGAGAGUAUCUGUGACAGUCUAAUACCUCUGAACACACAUCAACUAUAUGUAAAACUAUGGCCAAGAAUGGUGUUCAUGGGUGGACUCCACAGAGAAAGCAUUGUUGCUCGUUUAAUGUUCGCAAAAAGGCACUUGGACACUCCACAGAAGUUUUAGCUAAAUAUUUUGUGGGCUGAUGAAACCAAAGUUGAAUCGUUUGGGAAUAACACACAACGUCAUGUGUGGAGGAAAAAUGGAACAGCUCACCAACAUCAACACCUAAGCCUCACCGUGCAGAAUGUUGGAGGGAUCAACAUGACUUGGGGCUGGUUUGCUACCUCAGGGCCUCGACAACUUGCAAUCAUUAAUGGAAGAAUGAAUACAAAAGGAUGUUUUGCAGGAAAACCUGAUGUCGUCUGUCAGACAGUUGAAGUUAAAAAGAGGAUGGAUGCUGCAACAAGAAUGAUCCAAAACUAGUGAAGUAAAUCAACUUCAGAAUGGUUUCAGAAGAACAAAAUACAGGUUCUGGGGUGGCCAAGUCAAAUCCCAGACUUGAACCCUAUUGAGAUGCUGUGGCAUGACCUAAAGACAGCAAUUCAUGCCAGACAUCCCAGGAAUCCGACUGAACUACAGCAGCUUUGUCGAGACGAAUGGGCUAUGAUUAGUCCUAAUCGAUGUGCCAGACUGAAAUGCAGCAACAGGUUUAAGUUAAUUGCUGCCAAAGGGGGACACAAAAUAUUAAACGUGAUAGUUCACUUACUUAUUUUCCCCCUUCUGUCAUUGUUUGCAUACUAUCCUCAUUAAAAUAUGAAAACUUAUAAAUGUUUGGGUGGUUUUAGUUCAAGCAGGCACUGUAUUUUCAUCUGUGUGAUUUUGACAAAGUUCAGAUCACAUUUGAUAGUGAUUUCAUGCAGAAAUGUGAGAAAUUCCGAAAGGUUCAGAUACUUUUUCAUACCACUGUACAAAUACAGUAGAGGUCACUUUUAGCCAAUUGGAUGCCAGGAAUGCUUGGCAACAGCCAAUGGCAGAGCAGCUGUAGGUAUGCAAUCAAUCGUAACAAGAGGUAUUUUCCCGUUGAGGCGUGUCUUAACCUGAAAAUUCUGUAUGUAGGGACGUCAAUAAGUGGAGGUACCGCUGCAGUUGUCUCAUAUUUCCUGACCCGUGUAUCGAUAAAUUUGUAUCGCCAUAUUGCAGUGGUCUCAAACCGGUCCAGUGUAAUCAGUUAAUUGCAGUCAGGUGCUGCUUACUUUAGCAGAAACCUCAUUGGUUGAACUGUCUGUUUUGGAUCUGUUGGAACAAAGACCAGGACCCACUGCGGCCCUUUGUGGAAUCGGUUUGAGACCCCUGCCAUAUUGUGAGCCGUCUAUCGCAAAUCGUAUCGGGAGGCACUCAGAGCCUCCCGACCCUAGACACUACACAGUUUGUUUUUUCCCCCUCGAGUUCAACAAAUGUGACAGAAAAUCGUGCCGGCCGAGUGAUAUUUGAAAGCAAAGCCUCACGGCCAAACAUGCAGGUGUUCAUGUUCCUUGAACCCUAGAGCUUUGAAUACAAGAAAUCUGAAUUAUGAAUGAGUCUGAUAUCGCGGGUAUUUUUGGAAUUCAGCCCGUUUUGCUGUUGUUUGCACACCAGGAGGAUGCAUUUGGGCUCCCAUCAGCUUGCUCUGAAUAGUAAGUGGAUUCGCACAACGGACCACACGCUCGCACGUUUGCAUAAUAAUGUCUGCAUACAGUAUAAUGACAAAUAACUGACUGGCUCUUAUGCGUCAUACAGAUGAAAAUUCCCUGCAAUCUUCAACAAUGCAACGCGACUGGAGGGCAUUCGCGCCGAAAUGCUUCAUGACACAAAUCAAUUGGCCGAAGGCUGUGUAGGAGUAAAACAAUUUUGCGGUUGGAUGCCUUUCUGUAUAAAGUCUUUUAGUCAUACUUUCUUAAGCGAGCCAUCAUCCUUUAAAAUGACAUUGGUUACGAUAUAAAAUGGAGGCGUUCCAUGGCGGCUUUCGUAUUGUGAUUUUUAUACGUAUAAUAAAUGGUGGUUUACAUGUAAAUCUCCUAAUUUGUUCCAAACACCACAUUAAAUUAGCCGUCAUGUCCUCUGACUGUGUGUUUAUUUGUAAGGCUUUGUCCCCUCCCUAGUGGCGCUUAAGUUUUACUACUUUGUUAGCUUCCAGCUCCUUCUACAGACGUUAUCACAUGACUACCGGAGCUCAUAGCACACACGGAGUGCUAAAAGAAGAGCAAACUUUGGCAGCCAUUGCUUGCUUUUUUAUCUGUAAGUUAUAUUCAUUUCUUUCAUAUACAUGAGCAUUGUGUAGCACAUUGCGUUGUGUAUAUUUACAUUGUUUACAUUUGUAGUCAAACGUCCUUACAUCAUUGCAUUGCUGCGAGUGGGAAUAAGUAUUAUCUUUUGUAUGAUGAAUCAUUUGUCGCCAUAUGAAGCGAAGAAGGCUUCGAAAAACGUUUCGUAAAUGAAUUUGUCGUGCACCAAAGCUUUCGUAUAUCGAGGUACCACUGUACUAGUGCUGCAGCUAUCGAUUAUUUUAGUAGUCGAUUAAUCGAUGAACUAGUUUGUUCGAAUAAUCGAGUAGUCGGAUAAGGGACAUAAAAAAAACAACAACAAAAAAAAACAUACCUGAGCUGAGCCUCAAACAGUAUAAAAAAUAAAUAAAUGAUCUAAGUACAACAAAAGAACAAUUGGCUAACUUGCAUAGCAAAAAUCCGCUAGCUUAAAUGCUAUAAAAUGCCAUUUCUUUUUUUUUUUUUUUUUUUUAACAACGCUCUUAACAAAUGGUUCAAACACAUUCCCACAAAAAAAGGUUAAAUAUACUGAAGGAAUCUGACCUUUUGGCCAGAUUUCCGGAAUCACGGCAGUCGAACCGCCGGACCUGCACUGGCGCAGAUCCAACGACCCGGGCCGGUGAGACACCGACAACCCGGUCAAAAGGCCAAACUCUGCGUGCUCACUUAACCCUUUAAUGCCUGCAAUAUGGAGGUCUUAAUGAAACAUAUUUUUCAAAUUUGUAAAAAAGAAAAAAAAAAAAAUGUGUAAUAAGCGCUCGAAUAUCUAUAACCCUUGCUAAAUCCUUUUUUUUUUCUCUCAUGGAACCUGCAGAUGCAUGAGUAGACUUGCAUCCAUUUUUUUUUUUGGAGGAAAGAUAUUUCGAAAUUCUGAAUUAAGUCUCAAAAUCAUGAAAUUCGAAGUGUAUCAAAGGUGAUACAUUGGGCAAGAAAGGGUUAACCCUUUGUACUGACUCCAUUUUGAAAGCUGGAAAAAGGCUUCGAAACACAAAUCGACAAUUUAUUCUGAGUCGACAGCAAUCAUACAGCACAGAGGGACCCAGCCGAGGAUCUAAGGUUACCAUAUCGCAAGUCAACAAAAGAUUCCCGAAGAAAAAAAAUGACAAUGCUUAGUUAAACAUUCAGUCUUUUGAAGGCUGUCAUGGGGCUGGCUGUGGGCAAAAGGGUGUACUUGGGCGUUGUAUAGGAUUAUUGUUUGUUUGUGGAUUGGACAGGAGGAUUCGGAAGUUACUUUUGUCAGGGCAACGAGGGUUGUAGAUUUUGCCACCUCAGCGUCAAAGGUGCUCUUGGAGUCUUAUCAGUCGUGUUAUUAGUUGGAUAUCGGGCGUUCUCCGGUGUUCCUUGUGUUGGGACAGGACAUCCCGCCAUUUGUUCUGAACUGUCUGGGAGAACUGAUUGCGGGAGUUGUUGUUGCAGACGUGGGCUUUUAGAUGUUUUGCCUCAUCAGUGUCAGUCUUGCUCAGUCAGUUGCAUGACUUACACGUUGGGCGUCCGUGAUAAGGCGUCAUGUAUUUCUUAUGCCCUAUGGCAAAUAUAUUCUGCUUGUUUUCCUAAAUUUAUUUUAUAUUAGGUGUGUUAGAGUAAUACAAACAGUAAAUACGAGAAAAGAUAUGAUGUCCACCGAGCACGACAAGUGAACCACAUUGAGGGGAAAAAACAACAGACCGAAACCAUCCGUGUAAAGACAACGUACUAAACGGGCCGUUAUGACGCGUAACUCGCUUUGACAAGGCAGUUUGAACCAAAACUCAUGUAAAUGUAGCAGAAUGAUAUGAUGCAUGUAGGCAACCGGAGCUUUUCGUGUGCAAGGAGGGUUUACAUAAACAUCUCUUGAUAUGUAACCACAUUUCAAGAGAUAUUUAUGCUACGGUGUCGCAUUAAAUAUUCAAAACUGAUCCACCAAUGCAAAAGAUUGUUUCAACAUUUGAUUCCGUCAAUCAUUUGCGUAGCUCUAGAAGGAGCACGCGUACCACUGCUGGUACUCGUACUAGUGAUGAACCGGUGGCUCAUUUGUUGUGCCGUAUUAGUGCAACACUACAAUAAAACGUCGCCAAAUAGCUUUCAGUCGGAUAGACAUGUAGCUCUUCUUGUUGCACAAUUCAACACGAUGUGCAAAGGGUGUAUUGUCUGGAAGGACGGCAGACAAUGUAUGGUGUGAAAAUGCGAGGCACACACAAUGUCACCAUGUCAUCUUCCAUUGUUUUGUUUCUUUAACAAAGCUUAUUUGCGAAGGGCUAAAAUGUGCAGAGCCAGAGAGCAUGCACUGUUUAUUAUAAAGUGUAUUUAUGACAAACAUGGCUUAGGAAGAGUUUCGCAUGUAUAUAUUCUACACAAUAGUGAAUGUUACGUGCAUGUUUGUGGAGAUGCUUUGCAAAGCACAUCAUAUUUGUGUUUUUUUUUUUUCCCUCAGUCUACUUUUUUGACGUGCCGCACAGCACACGCACUUUGACCAGUCCUCACCAUUGCAACUUGGAAACGUUCCAAAAACAAGUGGAACAGCAUCCCUUUCAAUUUCACAUUCUAAAGUGCGUAUGACAGGAUAAAAAGAGUCUUAAAUAGCAUUAUUGUGUGAAUUAGAACCACAUUUUGAGACAAUUCGACUAUAUACAACAAUUUGGCAAUGCGCAGAUGACGAGAAAUUAGUCUUUUAAUCUGCCAUUUAGCCACGCCUACAGUUAUAGGGCUCUAGCGUCCCCAACAGGAGAAUGACGUUGGCAGGGUCAUGGUUUUAUCCAAUUUACAAUUCAGCCCAUUGAUUCAGAAUGUGGAAAAUGCGACUAAGACAGCCACAAAACGUCAUUGUUUCAGUCUCUCUACUCCAAUAUUUUUACAGGAUAUUCUUUUGAUCGAAGUAUUUUUCCCCAAUAGCUAAAUCAAUGGUAUGGUCAUGACAAAUAACAGUCUUGUGCUAAAUGGAAUAUGAAAAAAAUAAAAGUGCAUUUUUUUCAGUACGACAUGGCAAAAUGACUCCAUAAUAGUCAAAACUGUUGACUUCACCUUUACUGUCGCACCUCCCAAAUGAUAUUUUAUGCCACCGUAGUUAGUCGGGCUUUUGUCAUUUCCCUGCCCCGGCUUUUGUUGUGGUCGAAGGGUUUUGUAUUGAACACGGGGCCGUGUUGGUUUUAAUAAUAGCAGAGAAGACAGCAGUAAAUCAACAAAGACAAGUCAACUGUGCCCCGAUCUCAUGAGAUCUGAUUGCAUGUUAGUUUGAAAAUCGACCGGAUCCACCGUAUUUUUACACGAGUGGCUUCCGGCCCGAUCCUAGCUACCGGUAGUCAUAUUGACGUAGGAGGGCCGCGUCUCACGUCAAAUAAUAAACUCUGCCGUUCUUUUCGCGUGCGUCGCGUUGAGCCGCAUCUAACACGCGGCCGCACUACGACUGGUGUGCAUUGGCUGAUUGACUCUAACGCCCGCGUUUCACUGUGUUCCACGUUAUCACACAGUUGAUGUUUCUGGGUUAUACUGUCCUACCGUGUUGGUCCUCACUAUAGUAGAGAAGACGGAGUAAAUAUAAUCUACACAAAGAAACUGUAACCCGAUCGACUCACAACCACGAAAAGGGUUAUAUUACGUCAGAAACUCGUUCUGUACGCGUCCGUUCUGAACCAAGCACCAAGUACCGAAAUGGUUCAAUACUAUUACAUGUACCGUUACACCCUUACCUUUUAGUUAACUAAAUAGUUGGAUCUCUGUUUUUCAUUCUUCACGAAUAAUCUAAAAUCUCCGAGAUGGAGCGACAAAAAUCGUCUUGGGUGGAAAAAAACUAAAGCUCAAAACAGGAUAAUCAACUGCAUUUAUCUGUUCAUUUACAUUUUCUAAAUUCACGUUGACGUUCGCAAACACUCCAAUGAAUUCAAAUGGAUUAUAAUGACGAAAACAGAUUCGUUUUACUCGGCAUCAUUUUCAUUUAUCUUCAUGGACAUAACAUAAGCUAAAGAAAAAUACCCUAAAAAAAAUGCACAUUAUUUUCUGUUAUGUUAUCUAUUGUGUCCAUCACGCAUCUUUGAAUGUCAAGCAAUUCUUUAAAGAAUUUAAAAAAAAUAGCAAACUGUCACAGAAGAAAUUGUUUUGGAGAUUCCACUGUACCUUUCCAUGCAGUGUAUAGUAUGUACUCAAUGUGCCUUGUACUUCAUCAAGACGUAUUACAUCAUACAUGAAGCAACAUCGUUUCUCAAAGGCAAUGCGACUACUGACACGAUGACAAAAUAUUGUAGUAUAUGUAAUUACCCUGGAUUAAAUUGCUCAUGUUUUGUGAUUUAAUGUAAGAAUUUGUGACUACAUUGUUGUACAGAAUGUCAUUGAUUGUAUAAGACAAUCUUCUGUUGUUUUCUGUGAUUAAAGCACAA